UGGUAGUGUAUGCAUACAUCGUUUGCAAUGUCUACGAUGCGAGUGGACUGCACAAUGUACAGUGGGGGACACAACUGACUGGCAGUCUGAUCGACGUGGUUGCUGGGGUCAGUUUCCUGGACUGCAUAAAGGAGUGUCAGUCUCGGAAACGAUGUUUAUCAGUCAAUUACAGAAGAGGAACCUUGUUUUGUGAAUUGAAUUCCCUAGCAUUGAAUUCUGAUAAUACCAAUGUAGAAUCAACAUCUGUAUAUUCAGGUAUACAGUCGUGGGAAAAGGUAAAUAGCCUAAAUGUAAUUUCAAAAUAAUUCAUUAAAAUGCAUAAUAUCGGUAUCAGGUGUCCUCCAGAAAUGAUAUUUUGCAAUGUACAUAUAAAUGUAUGGCAUUAUGUGGAUGUAUAUAGGUUAGUAUAUAACGAUAGGGAAAUCAUCAUUAUAUCCGGUACACAAAGUGUACGAAGGAACUAAACCGGACGGUUUAUUUUGUCAUGUGACUAAGAAGGAAAAUGUCCUAUCCUAUCGAUGCAAAGGUGAAGAUAGCGAAUGAUGAUCAGUUCGGUAAAACCAAUAAAGAAUGCAAAACAGAGUAGUUUAACACACCAGAGAUAGAAUAACGUGCAAUAUAGCUCAUAUAUGAUUUUUAGAAAAGAACUUAUCUGGCCGUUUUAUUUGUUGAGAUGCACAACCUAGUAUAUUGAUCAAAUUAAGAAUAUUGUCAUUAGUGGGAACACAUUAUGAGAGUAAGUAUUGAUUUGGUAUAAAUAACUUUGAUAUAAAUCUUAAUAACUUUCAAAACGUUUGUGUUUUGUAGAUUUUGGAGGAUCCAUGUGUUAACACGCCAUGUGGUGAUCAACAGAAAUGUAGCCCCUCAUUUGAUGAAGAAGUUAAUAGGUAUUCAUGUCAGAUGAUAGACUGCGGACCAGUGGAUACAUCAAACAACCCAGGCCUCGUUGAAGUAAUAGGUGUUGGUUACCCAACAAUAGGAGUUGGAUCCAAGAGAGGGUUUCGUUGUGAGGGUUUCCUAAACAACAAAAUUAUUGGCUACAUCCAGUGUCUUCCUGAUGGUGUUUGGUCCACCCAAAAACUGCAAUGCGUUUGUGAUUGUCGCGGAUUUUCCUCCAUGAUGGAUGGCACUACCACCAUUAAUGAUAUACCCAACAUCCCCUACACUGUGACACUUUCCCAUAAAUGGCUGAUUAUCCAGCGAAGAUGUGGUGGAACAGAAAGUUUUUCUCGAACUUGGGAGGAAUAUAAAACAGGAUUCGGUUCAUAUGAUUCAGACUUUUGGAUAGGAAACGAAAUCAUAUACAAGCUCACUUCCGGUGGCUUCACAUUACUACGUGUGGAGAUGAUGGAUUACGAUGGACGAAUGUAUUAUGCACAGAACACUGAUUUCCAAAUUCAGAGUGAAAAUGAAAACUACAAGCUACAACUUCAUGGCGAUUACUCAGGCAACUUUUCUAACAAGAUUUCCUAUCACAAUGACAUGCCUUUCACGACAAUGGAUAGAGAUAAUGACGAUUUUUUUCUCAACUGUGCGAACAUCUUCAAUAGCGGCUGGUGGUUCAAGUCAUGCCACACGGCGAAUCUCAACGGUUUGAGUAAUGUGCAGUCGCACAAUGGGAUAACUUGGAAGAAUUCCGAAGGUAAACACCAUCCUAUGAAGUUUGCAAGGAUGAUGAUCAGGCAACCUUGAUACGUAUACAUACAUCUACUAAUGAUUUUUCUACAUACCAAUUUUAUACACACAUAUAUGUAUACAUCCUUACGUAGGUAGAAACACUUGUUUUUAUUGUUUAAAAUACCACUUGAAAAUCCUUGGAAAACCCUUUGAAAACCAUGUAUUACUGUUCAUUAUCUUCACUUUUCAUUAAGAGGUUCAACACCACAUCCAUAUGCUUAGUACACUUAGAUACCUGAAUUGAAGAGCAUGUUUGCGUAUGUUCAAUUUCUAAACUCGUGGCAGUCAGAGGUAAUUGCUAUUUUUUAUGAACACGUCUAGUUCAUUUAGAAUAAUUUGUCAGUAACAAAGUUAUUUUAUUUAACACAAAUCUCAUCCAUAUUUUGCUUACACUAUAAAGAACACCCAUCAUUGAUUGUUUAAUCUAAAAGUGUUCUCACGAGUAGAAAUUAAGAUCACAAACCCUAUACCAUUUUCAAGGGUAUCAUUAUGCAUUCUUUUAACAAAAGUUAAGUUAAAUCGUCUCAUUUUAAAAUAAAAGUGCUGAUUUGAUAAUUACACAUUGAGCACUAUCGAUAAUGUAUGUUUUUGCAUAGCCGAAAUAACAAAGGAUAAUAUUUCAGUGAAAAUUAUAUAUCUACCAAGAUGCAACAUGUAAAUGAAACACUCUUUUUAAAACUGAAAUGAAUAAAUAAGUUCAAA